UUUGCUGUGGGAUCAGCCAAUUCUGCCGAAAAUUAAUGCAUUGAAAAGACAAAUUUCAAGUACGAAGACAGUUCAAAUAUCCAUUUUAUCGAGAGGAAUUGUCACAUUACAGAGCACAAACCAGGCAAAGAAGUGUCAAACCUCCCCCCUCCCUCCUACACCAAUCCUUGAGAAUGCAAAUAGAAACCUGUUUAAAGACUACAUGAAAGGUAUCUGAAGAUGAACUGGCGUGACAUGACUUUGGAUCCGAGGAAGGAGAAGAAGGGUAUCCCUCUGUAUUCAUACAAUGAAAUACCUCACUUUAUGCAAGGAAAUCCUUACAUCACACAUGGCUAUAGAGCUUUCCUGUCAAGUGGACAGUGUUUCAGAAGUUUCUGUACCUGGUCCAAUGAGACAAUCAACGUAUGGACUCACUUAAUGGGUUUCUUAAUCUUCCUUGGUCUAACCAUCUAUGAUAACGUCAUUAUGAUUCCGUUCUACCAGGGCUCUCUUUUUGAUCAUGUGAUCUAUACCGGCUUCCUAUCUUGCUUUCAGUUUUGUAUGUUUGCCUCUGCUGCUUUUCACCUGUUUUCUGGUGGCAAUGAGACGAUAUACAAGCGUUGGUUUGGUAUUGACUUGGCUGGUAUUUCAGUAGGAAUCAUGGGCUGUUAUCUACCUGGGAUAUAUUAUGCUUAUUAUUGCUUUACGUUUUGGAGGAAUGUAUACCUCGUCCUCACAUCCUUUCUCAUCUUGGUGACCAUCUUGGUUCAGAUGCAUCCGAGAUAUCUCUCAGCUCAUUGGUACAGUCGUCGGAUUAUGCUCUUCUGUGCCAUGGUCGGCUUUGGCGUGGCUCCCACAAUGCAUUGGGUAUUUCUCUAUGGGGGAGUUAAUACCCCUAUAGUGAAGCUGAUAUUACCCAGGGUCAUUGUACUAUAUCUGAUGGGAUUCACGGCUCUCAUAUUCUAUGCAACUAGGUUUCCAGAAGUAUGCUGUCCAGGUAGAGUGGAUUACAUUGGUAGCAGUCACCAGCUUUGGCAUGUUCUUGUUGUCAUAGCCUUUCUAUGGUGGCACCAAACAGGCGUUAUCAUGAUGGAAUUUGUUCAUAAUUCAGACCCUUGCAAACAUGCAGUGCAGGAAUCGCUCAUCAACCCUUAUUUAGAAACAUGAUGUCUACCACUGUUAGAUUAUGCUGCUGUAACAUCUGGUUAUCAACUGAUCAAGGAAGAAUAUAUACCAUUUGAAUGAGUAUGGCAUGAAUGCGGACUAAGGCAAACUACUUUACCACAAACUCCUACUGCUUUUCCAUUCCUGGAAGGCCAAUAGACUCGGCAGUGUUUUGGUGUAUUUUGGUGGAGUGAGGUCUGUGACUGGGAACGGCUUACCUCACAUUUCUU